AUGGCCGAAGUUUCUCACGCCACUGUCGCCGCCUUGCGCAAGACAUUAACCUCCGAAACAGAGCCUCUCGCUCGCAGAUUUCGCGCUCUAUUCUCACUCAAAUAUGUCGCCUGUCUGAACCCUCCAACCGAGCAAACCGUUCCCGCUAUCGAAGCCAUAGCGGCGGCAUUCACAUCCCCAUCGGCCCUCUUGAAGCACGAGCUAGCCUAUUGCCUGGGACAAUCCAAGAAAGCCGAUGCAGUCCCUCAUUUGCUUCAUGUUCUAAAAGAUAAGGGAGAGGAUACCAUGUGUCGACAUGAAGCGGCAGAGGCACUAGGUGCGUUGGGAUUUGAGGAUAGUUUGGCGCUAUUGAAAGAAUUGAGGGAUGAUAAGAAUGAGCCGGAAGUGGUGCGGGAAACAUGCGAUAUUGCGGUUGAUAGGAUUUUGUGGGAGAUAUCAGAAGAGAAGAAGAAUGAGAAGAUUAGACCCAGUGACUUUGCAUCAAUCGAUCCUGCACCGCCGCUCCCGCAAGCUGCGAAGGAGCCAUCUAUCCCUGAACUGGAGAGUACAUUGCUAGACACCAAACUUCCUCUCUUCAAAAGAUACCGAGCCAUGUUCGCCUUACGAGACCUUGCCUCACCACCCGACCUACCCACCGCUGUUCCCGCGAUCAAUGUUCUAUCCAAAGGUUUAAAAGACCCGUCCGCCCUAUUCCGUCACGAAAUUGCAUUUGUUUUCGGCCAAUUGUGCCAUCCUGCUUCCAUACCGAGUCUUACAUCGACAUUAAGCGACUUGAAUGAGAUGGGUAUGGUACGCCAUGAGGCUGCAGAGGCCCUUGGAAGUCUUGGUGACGAAGAAGGCGUUGAAGAGACGCUGAAGCAAUUUUUGAACGACCCCGAGCAGGUUGUGAGGGACAGCAUUAUUGUGGCGCUUGACAUGGCGGAGUAUGAGAAAAAUGGAGACAAGGAGUAUGCCUUGCUUCCCGAGACUACUGUAGCUUGA